AUGGCGCAAAAGGAAGAUGUCGAACACACGAUAAUAGUAUUGGAACUGAAUAAGAAUUCUGUGAUCGGAUAUUCAUGCGCUUCACUCAAACCGUACAUUGUCCAGUUUCCCGAAAGCGAUAGCCCAAAUAUCGGAGAUGUUGUCAGUUUCAUUACAGAAGGAUAUAGGGAUUCCAAAAUAAUUCCAAAGACUUCAUCAAUCGAGAUUAAAGAGCGUUCGGAAUUCACAAAUUUUGAUAAUGGCAUUUAUUUUGAUACGAAACUAACGUGUAGUGCAAAUCCAAAACAUCGAACCUAUAACUGUCGAAUCGCUUUCUCCAGCGAAUUUGGCUUCGUGAGUCUCGAAAAUGCCGAAAUUGAGCGAAGUGUCGUAUAUCAUGGAAGAAUACGAUACAAAGGUUUCGUCGACGGCGAUUUCGAGCCGCUGUUUGCGGUUUCAUCGGAAUUGGAACGACAUGCCGAUAUCGCCGAAGACUACGGCUUUCUGGAAAAUCUUCAAAGAUAUGAAGAAAGCUACGCGAACCAUCUGAAAAAUACUUUCGGUUCCACAACAAUGCCGGCGCCGCCUUCCGGAAGCCGUCUAGCGGUUAAGAGCAUCAUGCCGAAAUAUAAAAGGAACAAAAUGGGGCGCGAUAAUCCGGCGGUUUGCGUUGAGAUAAACGAGUACAAAACUUUAGUUGUAACCGAUCAAUUCCCAUCGAACCGUUAUGGUGUGCAUGGAACAGCGGUGUGCGAGAUCGGCGAAUGUGAUAUCGCCAUCGGUGUCGCGAAAGCAGCGAAUUUGGAUCUGAAACUGGGAGAUUGGUUUAAAGGGUUUGUAAUGUUUUUCGAACGGACGCAAUCAUUCCGCAUUGAACGAGUUGAAGGAAAAUUGGAGAUAAACCUCACAUUUCGUACAGAUGGAAAUUCUUUUUAUAUAAGAAAUGAGCUUGAUCUGAGGGAAACUGAUGCGAGCCCCAGGGAGAAUUUUGUGGUUUUGAACGACGCAUUGCUGUCAAAUGUUGUAGUGCCUCGAGGAUUCUUUGGCGAAUUUGGAAAAAGGGAAUUUGCCGCGAGAAAUUCCGUUCGUCUUGGCGAUGAUUUGGAGAUUGCGAUUGGCGAAAUUAAUCGAAAAUUUGGGUGCAAUCACGAAGUCACCCAAAUAAUUGGCCGAAAAUCAUUAUCAUGUGGGCGACAAGUUGAAAACAUUGCUGAGACCGUGGCGACUGUCGAUCUGAGGGCUCCGAUCAAAACGUUUGGCAAAUGGUCAUGCAUUGCGUUCAGCUCGCCCGAAAUCGGAGAUGUCAUCGCCCCAGAUAUGAUCGUUUGCGAAAAUGCGUACCCGAUUGAGAAUGUUAUCGACAGAUGGCGUAAUAAAAAAGAAGCGGAAAACAUGGUUUGCUAUUGUCGAUACGUCUACGGAAGCGUUGGAGAUGUCGGAAACGAAGCGUUUCAUUGGGUCAUUUCCAAAAUUGUCUCGCCAUUUGCAAAUUUUGCUUAUAAUCAAGCGGAGAGCGUCAUGGAAUCUAGAAUGCGCGAUUUUUCGCAAUCGCCGAAUGUCAACGAGAAUCGAGGCAAUCAAAAAAUUGUCGACGCGCCAAAUUCGACGUCGUCGUCGUGUGAAGGUGUGAAACGCGACAACGAGCGGCUCGUCGAUGAGCUCGUCGAGAUGCGCAAUCAAUUGCGUCGCCUCAAACUUGAGAACGCGGAAUUCUUGAAAUAUACAAUGAGCGAAAAGGCUUCGACAUCAUCACACAAUAAGUCGAAGACAUUAAAUUCGCCGAAUGAGGGCGGCAGCUCGUCGAAGGCGAAAUCGCUGAGCGGCAAGAAGGAGCCGGCGAUGGGCGAUCCGACAACGAGUAAAACUCAGAGAAAACAAAAAGGAAGUGUUGCGGCGCGAAUGCAGCAACAACAAGACGGGCAGACCCCCAAAAGGGUCCGAAAGACAUCGACACCCGCGUUCAAGUCGAGAGUUCCCGUCGACGUUCUCGACGAUUUGGAAUUUCGAUUUAUCAGCAAUAUUCCGACAUUUGAUAAGAAGAACCGAAUUCGAAUUUGUUUCCAAGUCGAACUUGCCCAUUGGUUUUACAUUGAUCAUAUCGUCGAAGGGGAGAACAACAAAAAUUGUCCGAAUUUGAGUUUUCGAGAUUUCGCGCGCGCACUUUUCGAGCACUGCACCGAACUUCGCCAUUUGGCCAAUAAUGUCGACUCGGUGAUUUCGCAAUGGCGCGAAUAUAAGUCAACGGUUCCAACAUACGGUGCGAUUCUGUUGGACGAGACCCUUCAGAAGGUUCUUCUAGUCAAAUCCUACUUUGCCAAAGGAAAUAGUUGGGGAUUCCCGAAGGGAAAAGUGAACCAGAAUGAGCCGCCGCGCGAUUGUGCAAUUCGCGAGACGCUCGAAGAGACCGGCUUCGAUUUCAGCACGAUAUCGGAAAAAGAGAAAAAAGUGCAAAAGUUCAUCAACGACGCCAUGGUGCGUUUGUACAUUGUGCCCAACGUGCCCACCGAAUUUCAAUUUGGUCCGCAAACGCGAAAAGAAAUCAAAGACAUCAAAUGGUUCAAUAUUUGCGAUUUGCCGACGGAAAAAGGCGAAAUUCCGGUGCCGCAUUUGGCCGGCUACAAUUUCUUCAUGGUUAUUCCAUUUGUGCACGAGAUUCAAAAGUUUUCCGAGAAAGAGCUCCAAAAAAGGCAAAAGGCCGAAAAAGCGAAACAGCAAGCUGAAACGUCGUCGAUUCUAGCAAAUCUGUUUGGAAAUGCUGAAAAGAGUAGCCCGUCUUCGAUGCAAACGCCUGUGUUAAAACGACUAACCAGCGAAGAGUUCUUUUCGUCGAUUCGCAAGUCGGUCGAUCAAAAAAUUGAAGAGGACAAAAAAAUGCGCGAGGAGAGCGCCCACGUGGCGCGUCCGACGCUACCCGAAUUCAAUCCGACGUGCGAGGGUUUCGAUCCGCUCGGAACGCUGGGCGUUUGCACGCCGCUGAAACCCGGCGCGAGCCUCAACAUUUUCGGACCGUCGACAAUGCCGCCGGCGGCGAGUUGCCCGACGAUCGACGAGACCGACGCCGUCAACGAGGCAUCGACGAAUCGCGAUGGUUCGUCGUCGACGUGUUGCCGAUCGAUUUUCUCGCCGCCGGCCGCUCGCGAUUAUGAGUUGAACUCGGACGCGUUGCCGCCGAUUACCGGAUCGUCAUCGGAGAUUUCUUGGCACGACGACGAUAAUGAUGUAAAAACGCCGGUGCCGACCGAAAUCCAUCACGGCUGGCUCGAUAGUAAAUUGGCGAACUCGAUAAUGCAGCACGUGCCGCCGAUGCCGCAAACGCCGACGACGUCGCCGAACGCGCAAGCCAAUCGCUCGUUGAGCCAUUUGAUAUCGAAGCCGAUUCAGCCGCAGCCGAUCGCCGCGGUGCCGGCGACGGCGAGCGCGCUCGGAAGCGCCGAAGCGCCGAAGCGAAGUUCGCGAAUCAGUCUCAGCGACAAUUCGGCUUUCACGGCGAUCAAUGGGCGGAAUGUGAAACCGCACGACUUCGAGUUAUUCAAAAUGUUGGAAAUUAGUGCGAGAAGUGCCUCCCAAACGCCACAAAUGCGCCAUCGCGAGAAUCAAAACAGUUUGAUUUCGCCAACAUCCAGCGGAAUGAGCUCGGUGAUGAAAUCGAUGAUCGAGUUGACGGCGAUUGAGAGUAGCGUUUUGUCGCCGAACCAAAUGAACCAGAUUGGGGUUCCGGCGUCGAUCAGAUGGAGUUUUCCGUUCAAGCUUGACAUUAACUAUAUUCUCGGUCCAAUAGAACAAUGGAAGUCGGCGUUCUCCAUGAAGGCGUCGAUGGCCUAA